GCAGAGCUUUCAGGAGGCGCUGGCCAUCUACCCUCCCUGCGGACGCCGCAAGAUCAUUCUCUCCGAUGAGGGCAAGAUGUACGGACGGAACGAGCUGAUUGCGCGCUACAUUAAGCUUCGAACAGGAAAGACACGGACCAGGAAACAGGUGUCGAGUCACAUUCAGGUGCUGGCGCGACGAAAAGCUCGGGAAAUCCAGGUGAAACUCAAGUUUUGGCAUGGAGCUCUCGCUGGACAAACCGCAGCUCCUGAAGACAUCAAGCCGUUCUCCCAACAGAACUUUGUGAUGCAAGCUGCCGCUCCUCCGCCUAUGGCAGGUUAUGAAAGCACGCCAGCUCUGUCCGUUUCCUCCAGUGCUCCGCCUUGGCAGGGCCGCAGCAUCGCCAGUGCACGACUGCGCCUGCUGGAGUUCUCGGCCUUCCUGGAGCAGCCGCAGGAUCCAGACACAGUAAACAAGCACCUGUUUGUGCACAUCGCUCAGUCCAACCCCACAUACAGCGACCCGUACCUGGAGGCCGUGGACAUUCGGCAGAUUUACGACAAAUUCCCGGAGAAGAAAGGAGGACUGAAGGAGCUGUUCGAGAAGGGACCGACCAAUGCUUUCUUCCUCGUCAAGUUCUGGGCGGAUCUGAGCAUUAACCUGCAGGACGACAGCAGCUUCUUCUAUGGUGUGUCCAGUCAGUACGAGAGUCCAGAGAACAUGAUCAUCACCUCCUCCACUAAAGUCUGCUCAUUCGGGAAACAGGUGGUGGAAAAAGUGGAGACGGAGUACGCGCGCUUCGAGAGCGGCAGAUACGUGUUCAGGAUCCAUCGCUCACCACUGUGCGAAUACAUGAUCAACUUCAUCCAUAAGCUCAAACAUCUGCCUGAGAAAUACAUGAUGAACAGCGUACUUGAAAACUUCACCAUUCUGCAGGUUGUAACUAACAGAGAUACUCUAGAAACCUUACUAUGCAUUGCUUACGUGUUUGAAGUGUCCACCAGUGAACAUGGAGCCCAGCAUCACAUCUACAGACUGGUGAAAGACUGAAACCCACUGUCCUGAUCGCAGACAGCAGAAGUGACAAAUACAGCGCCACCUACAGGCUGGAAAACAAUCUACAGGCCAAAAACACAACCUACAUGCCAAAAACACAACAUACAGGCCAAAAACCACAACCUUCAGGUCAACAUCCACAACCUACAGACUGGAGAACAACCUACAGGGCAAAAACCUCAACCUACAGGCAUAAAACUACAACCUACAUGCCAAAAACACAACUUACAAGCCAAAAUAUGACAACCUACAGACACAAAACCACAACCUAGAAGCAUAAACCUAUAGGAUAAAAACCACAACCUACAGGCUGGUGAAUAACCUACAGGCCUAAAACCACAACCUACAGGCCAAAGAACACAACCUACAGGCCAAAAACCAUAACUUACAGGCCAAAAACCACAACCUACAGGCCAAAAACCAGAAUCUACAAGCCAAAAGCCACAACCUACAGGCCAAAAACCAUAACUUACAGGCCAAAAACCACAACCUACAGGCCAAAAACCAGAAUCUACAAGCCAAAAACACAACCUACAGGCCAAAAUUCACAACCUACAGGGUGGAGAAUAACCUACAGGCCAAAAACCACAACCUGCAGGCUGGUAAAUAACCUGCAGGCCUAAAACCCCAACCUACAAGCCAAAAACCACAAUCUACCUGCCAAAAUC